AUGUUGUUACCAUCUUCCACUAUUUUACUCACUUACAACAAUAUCUUGAAUCAACCUAUUACUACCAUUUUCCCUUCUCAAUUAACCGAAGGUGAAAAAUCAAUUUUUGAUAAAGAUGAAGAUGAUGUCAUGGAUGACACAAGAAGUUAUAAUUUGGUAUCUGGGAUUGAGGUGGAUGUGCUUUUGAAAUCUCAAGAGCAUAGGUUGAAGUAUGAAAUUAUAGACCUUCAUGAAGUAGAAAAUGUAAGACACGUUUUGUUUGUCGAAGAGGUUAAGAAAGUUGAAAACUCUAUGAAUUUGAAGGUCGAGUCCCUAAAGUCGACAUUAUUGAAGGAGGUGACUAAUUUUGAACAGAGUCAUGAGUCUCUUCUUACAAAGCUAGAUGUUGUUAUUGAGGCCAUUCACAAGCUUGUUGAAAAGUUCACAUCAUUUUUGACAAAAGAUGCCCAAGUUUUCACCAAGAUGAAAGACUUCUCGGCAAGCUUGAAGGAUUCCAUUUCGAAGCUCGAGUCUUCUUCAAAAUCUUCUAUUUCUUAG